GCAAUGACAUCCGCACAUGCAGUCAGCAACGCGAACGUCAAUGAGGAGCUACCUCGUCCCACGGCGCAACGCACCAAGUCAGCGCGCCAUCUGCGUAUCCCGACGGCCGACACAGGCGAGACUCAGGAUGUCCAGAAAUUCCCCAACUUUGCGCCGCCUACCCGUCGCGAGGCUCAAGGCGAGGACCAGGAAGACCUUGAUAAGGAUUUCGACGUCCAUGGGUUCGAUCAUCCAAGCACGUACGAACACCAGCAGUGGGUGUGGCUCCCGCGGGACCCGCUCGGAAUUAGUCAUCUGUUGGUGAAAGAGCUCUGCGCGGCGGGCGUUGAGGCGAGCGACGAGGGUGCUGACAUGGAUGAGAAGGGCACAGUUGAGGCCACGAGGAACCCACCGGAUCAGGACUGGGAGGGUGGGCGCGAUGCAUAGAUUCAAGUCAAUUUAAGUUGUUAUAACGUGUUAUACCACACUGACAAUGAGAAUUACAUGUGAUUUCAA